AAGCCUGGGAGACCGUUCCCAAACUUCUGGAGACCCGCUUGCAGUUUCGCUUUCGGAAUUUUCGGGAUCUUUGGGUUUCUAGAGUUGGGUGGGAUUCCGGGGAGAGCAGGGCGCCAGGCGCUGGUCGUACGGGUGCUCGUCCCCCUUUUGGUGCAGUCGUCAGACUUCUCAGCACCCCAGCGUCCCCUCCUUUGCGUCCCCGGGUCCCGCGGGCGCGUUCCAGGUCUGGGGCUCCCGGCUCCGGAGAGCGUCGGCCCCGCACCGCGUUUUGUCGGCUCCAGCGCCGCCGCCGCCGCGGAUCCGAGUCUACUGGUGGGAAACCGCUUUCGACCAGGGCCGACCCUGCCUGAAUCCGCAUCCAUCGCCGCUGCCGUCCUCUUCUCUUCACUCCUGCACCCUCUCACCGACGCCACGGGACCUGGGGGACCGGUUGGCGUGUCUACACCAAGCAAGUGGAUCCGGGGUUCACCAGGUAAUUCCUGCUGCAGGAUGCAUUAAGAGAAGAGGAUCCUUACUCACUAGGCAUGGAGAGCAGCUUGUCAGCGUCCAGCAUGCAGGACCCUUCCUCCUCACCCUUGGAAAAACAGCAAAACUCAGCGAGUGGUAAUGGAGGUCUCGAUUCAGAAGAAGGCUCGAGCCUGGAGGAAAUUGGCUUUAACUGGGGAGAGUAUCUGGAAGAAACAGGUACCAGCGCAGCUCCUCACACGUCCUUCAAGCAUGUUGAAAUCAGCCUUCAGAGCAAUUUCCAGCCGGGGAUGAAGUUGGAGGUGGCCAACAAGAACAACCCAGAUACGUACUGGGUGGCCACGGUCAUCACCACCUGUGGGCAGCUGCUGUUGCUACGUUACUGUGGUUACGGUGAGGACCGCCGGGCCGACUUCUGGUGUGACGUGGUGAUCGCGGACCUGCACCCUGUGGGUUGGUGCACGCAGAACAACAAGGCCUUGAUGCCCCCGGACGCAAUCAAAGAGAAGUACACAGACUGGACAGAAUUCCUCAUUCGUGAUUUGACUGGCUCCCGGACGGCACCUGCCAACCUCCUGGAAGGUCCUCUGCGAGGGAAAGGCCCUAUAGACCUCAUUACAGUUGAUUCCUUAAUAGAACUUCAGGAUUCUCAGAGCCCUUUUCAGUACUGGAUAGUUAGUGUGAUUGAAAAUGUUGGAGGAAGAUUACGCCUUCGCUAUGUGGGAUUGGAGGACACUGAAUCCUAUGACCAGUGGUUGUUUUACUUGGAUUACAGACUUCGACCAGUUGGUUGGUGUCAAGAGAAUAAAUACAGAAUGGACCCACCUUCAGAAAUCUAUCCUUUGAAGAUGGCGUCUGAGUGGAAAUGUGCUCUGGAAAAAUCCCUUACUGAUGCCGCACACUUUCCUCUUCCAAUGGAAGUAUUUAAGGAUCAUGCAGAUCUGCGAAGCCAUUUCUUCACAGUUGGGAUGAAGCUAGAAACGGUGAAUUUGAGCGAGCCCUUUGAUAUCUGUCCUGCGUCAGUGACCAAGGUUUUUAACAAUCAUUUUUUUCAAGUGACCAUUGACGACCUAAGACCAGAACCUAGUAGACUCUCAAUGCUGUGCCAUGCGGAUUCUUUGGGGAUUUUACCAGUACAGUGGUGCCUUAAAAACGGAGUCAAUCUCACCCCUCCCAAAGGUUACUCUGGCCAGGACUUCGACUGGGCAGAUUAUCACAAGCAGCAUGGGACAGAAGAAGCACCUCCCUUCUGCUUCAGAAAUACAUCAUUCAGUCGGGGUUUCACGAAGAACAUGAAACUUGAAGCCGUCAACCCCAGGAACCCAGGAGAGCUCUGCGUGGCCUCUGUUGUCAGUGUGAAGGGGAGGCUGAUGUGGCUUCACCUGGAAGGUCUGCAGACUCCUACUCCAGAGUUCAUUGUCGACGUGGAGUCCAUGGACAUCUUCCCCGUGGGCUGGUGCGAAGCCAACUCUUACCCUCUGACCACACCACACAAAACAGUCUCACAAAAGAAAAGAAAGAUUGCAGUCGUGCAGCCAGAAAAACAAUUGCCAUCCACAGUGCCUGUUGAGAAGAUACCUCAUGACCUUUGUUUAUUCUCUCACCUGGACACCUCAGGUACUGUCAACGGAAAAUACUGCUGUCCUCAGCUUUUUAUCAACCACAGGUGUUUCUCAGGCCCUUACCUGAACAAAGGGAGAAUCGCAGAGCUACCUCAGUCGGUGGGACCAGGCAAAUGUGUGCUGGUUCUGAAAGAGGUUCUUAGCAUGAUAAUCAAUGCAGCUUACAAGCCUGGAAGGGUAUUGAGAGAAUUACAGCUGGUGGAAGAUCCGCACUGGAAUUUUCAGGAGGAGACGCUGAAGGCAAAGUACCGAGGCAAGACGUACCGGGCUGUGGCCAAGAUUGUGCGGACAUCGGACCAGGUAGCAGAUUUCUGCCGGCGGGUCUGUGCCAAGCUGGAGUGCUGCCCAAAUUUGUUCAGUCCCGUGCUGGUUUCGGAGAACUGCCCAGAGAACUGCUCCAUUCACACCAAAACCAAGUACACCUAUUACUAUGGGAAGAGAAAGAAGAUCGUGAAGCCCCCGAUCGGGGAAGCCAGCACUGAGAGCGGACACCCGAAGCCAGCCAGACGUAGGAAACGGCGGAAGUCCAUCUUUGUGCAGAAGAAGCGGAGGUCUUCUGCCGUGGACUUGGCCACAGGCUCGGGGGAGGACAGCGAGGAUGCAGAUGCCAUGGAUGAGGACACUGGGAGUGAGGAAACCAGCUCCGAGCUCCGCGAUGACCAGACAGACACCUCUUCGGCCGAGGUCCCCUCUGCGCGGCCCCGGAGGGCCGUCACCCUGAGGAGCAGCUCCGAGCCUGAGCGCCGGCCACCCGUGGAGAGGCCACGGCGGGGCCGGAGGGCGCAGGCCGCCUCGUGUGCCGAGGGGGCAGAGCAGGGCGCGGCCACCGGCCAGGACGCAGCGGGGGGAUCGAAUGACCUCCUGCCUCCCUUCUCCUGUCAGGACCCGAAGCAGGAGGAAGAGGAGAGGCUCGUUCUGGAGAGCAACCCAUUGGAGUGGACGGUGACCGAUGUGGUGAGGUUCAUCAAGCUGACGGACUGUGCCCCCCUGGCCAAGAUAUUUCAGGAACAGGACAUUGAUGGGCAGGCACUGCUGUUGCUGACCCUCCCCACGGUGCAGGAGUGCAUGGAGCUGAAGCUGGGGCCCGCCAUCAAGCUGUGCCAUCAGAUCGAGCGAGUUAAAGUGGCUUUCUACGCCCAGUACGCCAACUGAUGCUGCCCUCUUGGGAGCCGACCCAGCGUCGUGGUGAUGCGGCGUUGUGGGAAGGUUUGGGGACCGACGCUUUCUUUCUUGGGUGAUACGAGCUGGCACAUACAACUGAGUAGCAGCGAAGAGCAAGAAGCACGGACCUCCUUCACCCUCCGGCCUGCGUGAUAGUACCCCGUUUUCAAGGACACCCAGUGCCACGGUGCUGGCUCCUGGAGGGGUGGGCGCUGCGGGACAUGGAAGAGCGUCUCUGUGCGUCCACGACUUGCCUUUCUCCCUCGGAAACCAGGCAGCUCCCCGUGAAGGGCUUUCCUCAGACACGGCCCACUUUGCUUUGAAAGCGAAGGCACAGUUGAUGUCUUUUCUGAAUGUGCCCAGGGAGGACACGGGCUGGUGGUUUUGCUCUGGUCGUUCCAGACGCUUCUUCCGUGACAACGCCCAAGGGGCCGUGGCUGCGUGGCUCUCAGUUUGAUCUUGGUGGCAACUUAGUUCUCAGACACACUUGUUGCAGGAUGCGGUUAUAAAAGGAUGGGCUAGACCUGCAUCACCUGUCACAGGUGCCUUUUAGGAAGUGGGGGGGGCGUGAAGGCAGGCGGCAUGUUGCAAGGAGACCGUUCUUCCCGAGUGACAGACAUCCAGAGCCUGUGGAGAGUUCCGUUUGCAGUCUUUUAUAGAACCUCACAUAAUUGCUCACUUUCUCAUUUAAUUGUGACCAGAUCAGGGAGUGAUUCCUUUAGUCUGUCGGGAAAUGCUGAGCUGUGUAUUGAAGGAAAAGUUUAAUGUCAGAGACGAGUGGGAAGAAGCUUCGGGAAGCUUUUAAUAAACCAGCUGUGUCCCCGUAGAAGGAUCCUGCAGUGAGUCUGUCGGUGAGACUGGCUUUGAGUGCCACUCGGAUCAGCCCGGCCCUGGGACGUCCGACGGGAAGCAGGGCAGCCACCUGGCUCAGCCCUGCUCUUCUGCUGGCCCGGCUGACGGCCCCCUGUGAUCCUGGAUGACCACAUCACUCUGGAGCCUCUCGUCCGCCUCCUGCUAAGGGAAGAGUCUCGAUCCACCAACGUGAGACAUCGUAGGUGAGAAAGAAUCACAUCAGCACAGUGUUUACUGUUUCCGGCAGCCCACUCUGGCUUGGAAGGUGCCAGUGACGUUUCUUGGGCAGUUUUCAUUAAAUCGGUGAAGUCACUUGUAGAGAGAUCUGGGACUCUUGAGCAUUGGCUGGGUUUUUUUUCUUUUUUUUUUUUUUUUUGGUACCAAGCACUUCAUCUGCGUAUGCCUGUGAGGGACCCGGUGUGCUCACUCCAACCUGAAUGGGCGGCCCUCCUCCGUUGGGAAGCGUCCAAAUGCCUUUCGACACACGUGCAAGGAAACGAGACCUUGAGAGUGUCUGGACAUGGACAUGGAGAGGAGCACGGCCUUCUGCUGCUCUUGUGCUGUAAUUACCUUGAUCUUUUCUCCUCGAUCGGUCUCCACUGCUGGCGGGCCGUCAUGGGGUGGGCUGCUGAGCUGUCCUGUUUCUGCACACAUUGUAAAGCAUGAUUAUCUGUCACAUUUUGCCAAGUUUGAUGACUAACGCUAACCUUUAUUCACAGUCUGUCCCUGUUAACAGAUGCAAAUGGAAAACCGAUUUUGCCAGGUGAGUUUUUCCUCUCCAGCCUAGCUGAUUUCUCCCACCAAGUUUGAAGUGUUUGGCAAGUGGGUUUGCCUGGGGACCUGUGCCGGAAGGACCAGCGUCCCACACCGGAAGCUCCCGUGGUGACUCGUGCGUGGCUCGCAGUCGGGGCUUCUGUGUCCCCACACCGAGGGGUCCGCCACCUCCUGGGUUCCCACUCCCUGCCUUCUCAGCCACGUACUUUUAGCCUUAUACGCUCAGCCUGUGGAGUCGACUGGAAAGGGUAUCCAUUUCAAGAUCUUUGGCAUUUUCCCUGCGCUGACUCACUCGUGAUCCUUCACUGUGGCCUUUUCAAGCUGAGCUAUUCCUGUCGCAUCUGAAACUGGAGCGAGGGGGUGUGGUGGCUGCAACGUAACGUUGUGCUUUCAGAACGGAUGUCCCCUCCCCGUGCCCUUUCAAGGAAAGGCGUGGGGGAGGAGGUGCUACAUGGGAUGAGGCAGAUCUUGCAGGCGUCCCCGGAGCUGGAAGGCCUCCCCUUGGCAGCCCGGGCAAGACACGGCCACCGUUGCUGCGGAAGCUUCCUCCUUCCAUGUGCCCGACACCUCCUUGUCCUCAGUCCCUCUCUGUGCGGUGAUCUGUCACUUCACCCACGUCCACGUAAUGGUGCGUGGUCAGCAAGACGUGGCCGGGGCCAGAGGCAGAGGGCCCGGCUCCGGGGUAACCAUCACGAAGGUCCUGUAUGUGUCCCCUCCUGGCCCUCCAAGAGCCAAGAAACCUUUCAGGGCCAAGAAGAUGCCUUUGCCGUGAGUGUCGCCACCGUCCUCCUGAACCUGGCUUCUUUGGGGGAUUUCCACUGGUGGGUGUACUUCCUGCUGGUAGCAAGUUGGCAACGGAAUGGUGAGGUGGUGUUCGUUCCUCUGUAGGAUGCACCUCACGUCAGCUUCUGUCUUAUCAGUAGGGCCAAUUUCCAAGGCACAUUUUACCGUCUUGUUACUGUGUCUCUUGAGGCAGGAAAUGCUGAUUUUACACCUCUACCCACCGCCCCCCCCAGUACCACCACAGCACGAGCCGAACGUUUCUCGGUUGAAAUGCCAGCAAGUGACGCCUCUCCCCCGUUUCUCUGUCCCCAGACACUUCAGUCUCUGCUCUGUCUCUAGGAUGAUACUUCGGGACCAGAGUCCUGUCUUCUGCAUAGCCAGGUCCUGCAUACGACACGCCGCUCUUUACCUCCCGUAGCUGGUCGAGAAGCGUGUCUUCCUCUCCUGCCCAAGCGGACACUUGGCAUUCUGUACAGUGUGUAUAACUUGAGAAGCAGAAAUGCGGCCUUGUCCGUAGUGGUGACAGUCAUCACGCAAUCCCACCCAGAAACUAAGGGAGCUGGUUUGGCCCCUGCCCUCUUGACUGCAUCUGUACUGUGUUGGGAAACUAUCCUACCCACAACGCUAUAAACCUAAAAAGAGCAGGUACGGCUGGCAUUGCAAAUGAACUUCUUUGCAUUUCCAAAACAAAAACAAAACAAAACAAAACAAAAAACAACCAAAAAAGGAAAAUGGAAACCAGUUUCCUUCAAGUUGCAUCAUCCAGAGAACUCAUCCAUCGCUUUUAAAAUUAGGUUCAUUUGAUCAAAGUUUGACUCACACACAGCGUUUGGGCUGUGCAGCGAUUAGGUUGCUUUCACUUAUUUGAUCGUAUUUGAAGGAGUAUUUCCUGUGUUUGCUUUCAUUGGUUCCUCAGUACAUUAAAAUGACUCAAACCUUUGACCCUGCCCCCUCUGACCCUCGCUGUAAUUUCUGGAAAGUUGGUUUGGAUCAGUCUUUGAAGCUUGGUCUGAGUGUCCUGACUCGUCUCUUAGAGUGCUGAGUGUUGUGUCAAGCAAGUUCUGAGAUUUGCCUUUUAUCUUAGACCAGACACCUCUCUAGGAGCCGUUCUCCCUUCGUUUUGCAAGCACUAGGGGUUUUUGUAACUUCUUACGUAGAACACCCAUUUAUGUUUAUUUCUGUAUAUAGAACUAUAAAAACUGUAUCGUUAAAAUCUUUGUUGUGGUUUGAGCACCAUUGUUGCUUUUUAGUUAAGGUGGUGAAUCUAGGAUCCAAGUAUUCGAUUCUGUCUUUAGAAAGCUGUGAUCGCGUGUGCAAUUAUUUCUGAAGGGAAAGAUAGUAAAUUUAGGUCUCUGUAGUUUUUAAGGAAGCAAUCGUGGAAGAGAUAAUACAUACACUGCCCGUUGUGUUUUGGUGCAAUAACGAAUAGCAAGGAGAAGCUCUGUCUUCAACUAUGACAAUGUAAUGAUUCUCUUACUCGUUUCCUGUUCUUUUCUGUUCAAAGAGUUUUCUGGAAAUGGCUUUCGUCCCUUUAGCUUGGUUGAAUAUUUCAGUUGGUUCUCAUAGCUUUCAUCACUAGAGUUGGUUUACAGGUAUUCCAAAACACGAAUGCGAUAAAAUCGAAUUGUGCUAGUUUUGACCCCCUGAAUUUACCUAAGAAGUGUAAUUGCUGACACAUGAUGCUGCUUUGGGUUUUGGUCAAAAGCAUCUCUAGUUCAGUUGGUAAGAACUAACCCAAACAAUUUCCUCAGCGGUGGUCUUUCCAUCUUCCUGGUUGGUUUUAAAUGCUGAGGAUUCCGUACCAGCGAGCAUGUCAGUCUUAGGCAACCAAGCCAGAGUGGUGCUCCCGUGGGCCUGGCGGAUACCCUGAAGAAAAAGUAAAGUUCUGGGACCAGGGUUUGCUGAAAACCGGCUUAUGAUGGGAAAUUGGAAAUAAUUUUUUUUAAAUGACAGAAGAAAGAAAUCAUCUCAUUUUUGUUCACGAUGGGAGCUAGCAUGAUAUCCAGAAGCAUAAACUAUCCCUAGUCGUGAAUGUCAGAAGCCCUUUUACUGUUUUGCAUUCCAGUUUGAGUAGUUUGUAUUGAAAUCUGAUUCAUUUCUUGUGUACGUUGCAGUGUGUAAAAGGAAAAAAUCGUGUUCUUACUUUUGGAAUUUGCAGGACAAAGGGCAUGUUGUUGGUUUGCUGGAAGAUUGUAUUCUGUAUAUAUGUUUUCAUGUAAAUAAAUGAAAAUCUAUAUCAGAGUUAUAUUUUAAUUUUUAUUCUAAAUGAAAAGAAACCCUUUUUACUUGAAAAAGUUGUAAGCCACAUUGUUAAUAAAGUAAAAUGAGUUCUAUGGUG